AUGACACUGUUAGAUGUUGAUAUUGGAGAUUUACCUCCUUUAACGGUAUUCUUAGGAUCUGUAUCACCGGGGAUAGAUAAGUUGGAAGAUAACAUUCAUUUUUUACAUGAUAAUGAAUUCGAACAUAAGAGUAAGUCAUCAAAUUUUAUUUGGCCCUUGAUUGAAAAUAAUUCUAUUGAAGAUUCGAAUUUGAAUAAUUCCUUAGUUGCAACAUUACACCCUCAAUAUUUAAACAUAGCAAGACCUCCAUUGAAUAAUAAUGGGAUAUAUGAAUCCAAUACUUAUGUCUCAUUGCCUUUCCAUAUAACCAACCUUUUCGAUAAAGUGAUUGAACACAAAACUCCAAAUAAAUCAGUUGAUGGAGGUUUCCAAAUAGGUGCAAAUGUAGGAUCUUUAAUGCCUGAUCCUUUCGAAUAUGUUCAUUUGAAUCCUGGUUGUUUAAGUGAGAUUCUCGAAUUGGAUAAUCUUGAUAGAAGUAAUAAUACUUUUGAUAAUAAUGAUAAUAAGAAUCCUUUUACAAAGUUAACUAACAAUUUCAAUAAACUUUUGAAAUUAAACCAUUCCAAUAAUUCCGUGGACAAUUUCAAUAAUUUCAAGAAUUUUCAAGAUUUACCUUCAACAAUAAGUAAAUCUACAGUGUUUGAAAAAUUCUUAACUUACGAUAAUGACGUUUAUCAUAAGAACUUGAAUUCUGUGGAUACAAGUAAGAUAUUAGUUUCCUGUAAUAUUAAUGUUUUGAACCUUAUAACUAUCGAUAAUGAUAAUAAUUAUCGAAACCCCACUACAUUCCAAAGUUCUAAACCAUAUACUUCAUUAUUAGAAAUGGAGACUGAAGAACCGAAAAGUUAUUCUAAGACCAUUGAAGUUCCUAUUUUGAGAUUACAAUUGAAAGAGAAUUAUAUCAUCACAACAAUGAAGGUAUUCAAGUCUCAUAAAACUCCAUUUGUCGUAAUGGGAUUGAAUUCCGGUGAAAUCAUACUUAUCAAUCUUAAUAACUUAUCAUUUGUUCAUAUCAAUAACUUUGUCAAUGACAUUCUGAAGAGUUCUAUAUCAUUAAAUACCACCAUAGGUAGUAAUUCUGUAUCACCAACUAUCAUAAAUGAAUCAGUCACAUCAUUAGAAAUUAUCAAUAAUUCCAUCUAUGAAUUUUUGAUAGUUGCUGGAUAUUCUAAUGGAGAAAUCAUUCUUCUUAAUCCCUUUGUUAAUGAUGAUAUCUCCAAAACCCAUUACUUGAAAACUGUGGUAGAUAAUGAUAGAUUUGUAACAUAUUUCAAGAAAUUCGAUUUAUCACCAUUUGUCAAUAAAAAACUAUUGGAACAAAAAAGUUCAUCAAACAUUAAUCCUUUCAGGACUUCAGAAGAAUUCGAUGAUGAAACUCCUAACGUUGUUGUAGGACAUUUGAAAAUUAGUCAUAAACCUAUCACUUGUAUAACAUCAACGAUUUCCUUAGUAAAUCCAUCAACUUCACUUAGUUUUAAUCCUUUAUUGAUAGCAGUUGGUGGAGAUGAUGGUUUGAUCAAAUUAAUGAAUUUAUCGUUGACUUACAAUUGUAAUUAUGGUAAUAACAAUGCUUCAAAAUCCAUCAUAAGUGAUGUAAUUUCAAAUUAUUUCCAGGAUGGUAUUAAAGAUUUAACGUUCUCCAAUGAUUUCAAAAUCUUAUCAGUUGUAGGUAAUGGAGAUUUGAUUGAAUUAUUCAACUUAAGAUAUUACAAUGUCAAUAGUUUAUUAAAUCAAAAGAAAUUAGAACCAGUUUCAAGUGGAUCAACUAAAAGAUCAAGAAGUGGAACAGUUAAUAGUACUAAUUCCACUUCCAACAAUAACAAUAACAUCACAACAAAUGCAUUAUCAUUAUUUUUAUCACCAUCAGUAAGUUCACCAUCAACUUCUUUAGAAAUCAAUAGACAUAAUGAUGAUAAUAAUGAUGUUUUAUACCCUCCAAGUGUUAAAGAUAUUAAGUUACUUUGUAGAUUGAAAAGUCAUAGUAAUAUAGUAUCUAAAAUCAUGUUUAUCAAGAACGAUCAAGUUAUUAAUAAAGGAUUUGAAAAUAAAGAUUCAAAUACUUUCUAUAGAUUAGUGAGUUGUGGUAAUGAUGGAAGAGUGAUUUUUUGGGAAUUUGAUAUUAAAGGGUUACCUAAAAUCAAAAAGACUUUAAUCCCUAAGAAAAGAUCAAAGAAAAAGAAGUUAAAAGGACAUACUAAAUCCAAAUCCAUGAAUUUUGAUGAAAGUCUCAAUCUCCCUUCUCAAGCUAAUAAUAGUGUAAGUAACAUGAAUAACCUCCUUAAUCAAUCACAUUCCAAAUCCAAUUCUCAUAUCAAUUUGAAUGAUUUGACUGAUCAAGUUAAAGGUAUUACUGGUUUAUAUCAAUCAUUAUAUGAGAGUAGAUUCAAAAGACAUUAUAAUAAAUUAUUAGUUGAACAACAUAAGAUCGAUGAAGGUAAAUUUAAUACCAUAAUUCAUCCCAUAAUAAAUGAUAAGUUAGUACCAGCUAUUGAAAUUCCGUUAACCUCAGUGGAUUUCACUUGUUGGUUCAAAGAUGGGAAGAUUUCAAAUAUUUAUAUAGAUAAUGGGAAUUUUUGGUGUAUGGGGAAGAAUGGAGAUAUUAUAAGAUAUGUUAUUGAAUAG